AUGAGCUUGCCGCCAUUUCGAUUCGAUAUUGCCCGACAUCCUACCAAGGACACCAUUAAGAUGUUGGCUUCGUUGUUGGAAAAGGUCACCUCUGCCAACGAUCGUCUUCAUCCAGCACCAGCAGCGAAUGGCGAUCCACCACGCCAUGGACGGUCUCGUAGCUUAUCCCAUGCAUCGCCAUACACCUGUUUCCAUGCACGUUCCAUUCCGAGUAUAUCGAUCCACGCCUACCUUUCGCGAAUUUUAAAGUAUUGCCCGUGUGCAAACGAGUGUUUUCUUGCUAUUCUCGUAUAUUUUGAUCGUCUGUCGAAAACAACACCAGCCUCUCGACAACCAUUACGCAUCGACUCAUAUAAUAUCCAUCGACUUGUCAUUGCUGCUAUCAUGGUCUCGAGCAAGCUCAUGUCAGAUAUCUUUUACACAAAUACCCGUUACGCCAAAGUGGGUGGAUUGCCUGUAUCUGAACUCAAUGUAUUGGAAGUGCAGUUCAUUGUGCUCAACGAUUAUGCGCUCUUUGUCACGGUGGAUGAGCUUCAAAAUUAUGGCGAUCAACUACUAUUGCAUUGGAUGAAAGAGCAAGAAGGAUACCCAGAAGGUCGUGUUCCACCCCGCAUGUCAGCAGUACACGAUGCCUUAUCAUCAACAAAAGAAAACGAACCGCAACAAGAGGAGCAAGAUGAAUACAGUCGUGUCCACAAGGUAGCAAGACAUCUCUCGAUCGACAAGGGUGAUAAUAGAAGACAUUCAAAAGAAGAGCAACAGCUUCCAACACCACCAGAUUCAUCCGCACCUCAUCAUCCUUCAUCAUCUUCAUCUUCAUCGUCGUCAUGA